AUGACCUCUCACUCACCCGCAAACUUUGGCCGACUUUCCCCGCAACCCCCGCAUGGCCACGUCGGCUGCGGCUCAUCCCCAGUAAGCGCACCAAGGACAUGCCACACACCACGCUUCAUGCCCACAUGCGUGAACAGUGUCAAGGAGCACUCAGCGGACAUGGCAUGGCCCCAAUACUGUUGGCCCGGGCUAGGAACAAAUUCGGCCACGCGUGGGCGGUCACGCACAUCCGCCGGGUCGGAGCGAGCGCGUGCGAUAAUUGGGGAAUGCGCGUGCCCGAAUCCAGCUGCGCGUGCGGAAUGCGGACUACUUUGCCACUCGUCUCAGUGCCACCCACGGUCGCCGCUCCUUGCUACACUUCACAACUCCUCCCCUCCCUCCCCCCCCCCCCCUUCCUCUCAGAGCCCAGGACCACACCCUACACUUGCUGGUUGUGGCCUGCUUUGCAGAUAUGCCGCUCUCACCGCGGUCGUCGCGGACGCGGUCUGCCGAGCCACGGUCCAUGAGCUCACCUCACAGCCUCGAACAGGCGCUCCGUAUCAACGACCUUAUUGCUUCCCAGGCGCUCGCCGCCGACUCGCUGGACGUGGCACUGAAGCACGCGCGCGAGUCGACCUGGGCACUCGAGUCGGCGGUCGGAGUCGGGGCCAAGCGUCGCCGGCGGCCGCUCGACACCGUCUCGGAGUCGACUGAGCGCUCGCUCUCGUCCGAGUCGUCGCUGAGGUCGCGCACGCGGACAUACUCCCGGUCACGUGAUGCCUCACACUCGUCGUCAUCGCGGAGCCUUGUCCAGCUUGGGCCUCUUGACUCACAAAAGGGCCUCUCCCUGGGAUCGCCCGGCCUCCCGCUACUCGAGCUCUCGCCCGGCCUCCCACUACUCGAGCUCUCGCCCGACCUCCUCCGCCCGCCGGUGGUCUCGCCAACCCAGACGCGGCCAUGCAAGCGGCAGCGGAGGUCGUCGCUCGGCGCGGGAGCGCUGAACACACCGCCAAUCAUUUCGGGCGGUGGUCCGCCGCUCACGCUCUCGUCGUCGGCUCGGUCGUCUGCAGAGAAUAUUGCGCUCUCGCCGCGUACGCUGGCAGCGCACAUGGAGAGCCGGCGUCCGCAGUCGCUCUCGGGUUCGCCGCCCUCGGCCGGCUUGCACUCGGCGCCGGUCCUCUCGGGCCGCUCGCGCAGGCGCAACCUCUCGCCACGCUCGCUGCGGGCGUCCACCAUGGGCGGUGCCACUGAAGGCCCGUCGAUGGAGGCGCCCAUGCUCGGCCCCAUUUUUGAGGACGCUCGCCCCGUCAUCUGCACAAUGGACAUGUUCCCGCCGCGCCGUACUGGGCGCCGCGCUACCACUGCCGCCGCCGGCAACGUUGGGGUCGACGUCGGGGUUGACGUUGACGACGACCUCUCCCGUGCCAUGUCCUCGCUCUGGGGCUCGUCACGCCGCUCGCCGCCAUGUUCUAAGUCCUCCGGCAAGCGCUCAAACCCCUCGUCCUCGGAUCCUCAGCACGCGACCCUCUCACGCACCCACUCGGCGUCGCUCGGUUCGGCGCCGCGUGGCUUUGCUUCGCUCUCUGAAGUCUCCGACUCGGACUCCUAUGACGACGAUGACAUCGACUUUAUUGCUGAUGUGCUUGCGUCCGACUCGUCCGACUCGUAGCUAGCUGCCUCUUCUUCUGGCCACCUACAUCAAACAGUCCUGAACACA